AGAGGGAGGGAGGAGAGGGAAAGCGGCAGUGAGCCGCGGGCAUGUCAGCCAGUGUGUGUGAUCGCGGUGUGGAUAACGCGCACGGCAGUCCUCUACAGCCCCGCAUCAUCCUCAGAACCGCAGCGGGAGAGGAGGCGACCUGCGCCGGCGAGCCGACCGCGGACACCCCGCUCUGCUGCUGGGGCGGACCUCCGUGCGGAGCGGCGGCGAGCACACUCUGCUGCAGUGCCGAGGAGAGCCGCGGGAGCCGGGGGGAGAUAACGAGGACGCGGCGGUGCUGUGGGGAGUCAGACCUGAGAGAAUAACUGAUUAAACUGAUUAAGAGGAACAUUUCCAGCCUCUCCGGUCACUCCCAUCUUUGCGGCGGCAGCAGCGAGAAUCCCCGCGCGCGGAUCCCGGAGCCGCUACCGGUCCCUCAGAUCCUGAGGACGACCUGUGUAAAUCCCAGAAUCCUCUGUGAUGCCAACAGAAGCUUUAGAACAGCAGAGACUCUGCGGUGAGCUCAGAGAUGGACUGUAAAGGAAAAUGAAAGUGCUGCUGUCAGUGAAGGUGAUUUAUAAGUUAAGAGACUGAGCUGUGAGCCGAUGCCACCGAUUCACAACAAGACCAGACUGAGACUCCAGUGAAUCGUCUCCAAUCUGCUCCAAUCUGCGCUCCUAAUAUGGUCUGGGGUGAAUAAAGGCAUGGGCACUGAGGCUAAUGGACUGUGGAGUAUUAUACAGAUUACAAUGGGGCGCUCCUUGCCGAUCCCACCGCUUAGCUUUUUAAGCUCUGCAGCCUCCGGCCAAGCCUCCGCUGUGUGAACCAGUAAAGGAUACUCUGAAUGUUCCUUCCGGAAGCAGGGGAUGAGUCAGGAGUGAAUCAGCACUGGUUUCUGGUUUGACUGGCAGGUGGCUUGGUAGGAAACGAGGCCUGAAGAGUGAGAGAGAGAGUGAGUCGGAUAUCGAGAGGGAAAGCGUCGCCACAGAGAUCUCGCCUUUCAGGCAGAGAAGAGGAUUGCCUUACGCCACCGGACCCGCUCUGGAGUUCGGGGAGGGAGGGAGGGAGGGGGGAGUAACUGGAUACAGUGGAUGCUGGAGAGGUUGUGUGGUUGACCGAUUGUAGGCUGUGGUCAACCCUAAACCCAAAUUCCCCAAUUCUACAGCCCUCAUUUCCCAAACACUCAACCAGUCCGUGGGAUUGAGGAGGGAACCUUUGAAAGGGGCACGUUUGGGGACCUUUGCUGCAGGGUUGGGUUAUUUCUGGUUGAUUUCUUGUUGAUUCUCUUUGGGAUUAUAUUGGAGUUAUAUGACUUCGAACUGCAGACAGACAAUCAGAGAUAAAUGUCCUCUAUCGUGCUGAAAGCCCUCCCAUAGUGUCAUCAGUCUGUGGAGUUAAAAAACCCGACAGCUCUCUGUAAACCAGACAGUUUUCAGGAUCCUUGCAGGAACGUUUGUCCGGAACGUUCUCUCCUAUCCCUUUAAUGUUUGCUCGAGGCCCAAGUCUACGGCUGGAGGCUCCGUCAUGGCCAGAGCCCUGCUGAAGAUCCAGCGCUACUUCCGCCGGAAGCCCGUCCGCUUCUUCUCCUUCAUCCUCCUCUACCUCACUGCCGGCAGCCUCGUCUUCCUCCACUCCGGAUUCUCCGGAGACAGCGCCCAGGUGGGUCGCGAGCCGCUCGCCUUGGCUGAGAACGGGGCCUCGACCUCGGAAGGCCGUGGCCUGGGGCUCAUCGGCCGGGUGUUUAAGGACACUCGCAGGGCUGCCCGCAGGUUCCGUCCGAAGGGGAACGGUCAGGACGGCCCGGCGUGGGCAGGCGCCGGAGGCAGGAGCCGAGCAGCCAAAGAAAGAAGAAGCACCAAAGAGAUAGAGGAUGGGAGAGCGAGGUACAUCGGAUGCUACGUUGACGACACGCAGAAGAGGGCGCUCCGGGGCGUGUCCUUCUUAGACUACAAGAAAAUGACCGUCUUCCGUUGCCAGGACAACUGCGCCGAGAGGGGAUAUAUGUUCGCUGGUCUGGAGUUUGGAGCCGAGUGCUACUGCGGCCACAAGAUCCAGGGGGUCAACGUGUCGGAGAGCGAGUGCAACAUGGAGUGUAAGGGUGAGAAAAGUAACCUCUGUGGAGGAGCCAACCGCCUGUCCAUCUACAGACUGGAGCUGAGCCAGGAGUCAGCCCGCAGAUAUGGGAGCGCCAUCUUUAAAGGCUGUUUCAGGAGGCCGGACAACGUCACGCUAGCUCUUCCUGUCAGCUCAGUCAUUCAGAACAUGUCUGUGGACAAGUGUGUGGACAUGUGCACUGAGAAGGAAUUCUCUCUGGCGGUGUUGGCUGGUGAUAAAUGCCACUGUGGCUUCCCCACCACUCUGUUCUCCCUGCACGAGCCGGAGGAAGAGGAGAUGUGCCUUCAUCGCUGUGCUGGAGAGGACUUUGAGAGCUGUGGAAAUGAUGAGUACUUCGUGGUCUAUCAAACACAAGUACAAGAUAAUCGAUGUAUGGAUCGUCGAUUCCUGCCCACGCGCUCAAAACAGCUGACGGCUUUGGCCAGUUUCCCCGGUGCUGGAAACACUUGGGCUCGACACCUCAUAGAGCUGGCCACUGGAUACUACACAGGAAGCUACUACUUUGAUGGAUCAUUAUACAACAAAGGCUUUAAAGGAGAGCGUGAUCACUGGCGUAGUGGACGCUCCAUCUGCAUAAAGACCCACGAGAGCGGCAAGAAGGAGAUAGAGGCUUUCGACUCCAGCAUCCUCAUGAUCCGCAACCCCUACAAAGCCCUCAUGGCCGAAUUCAACCGCAAAUACGGCGGCCAUAUUGGCUUCGCUUCCCAGGCACACUGGAAGGGUAAAGAGUGGCCGGAGUUUGUGAGGAACUACGCUCCGUGGUGGGCGUCCCACACGCUGGACUGGCUGAGGUUUGGUAAGCGAGUGCACGUGGUGCACUUUGAGGAGCUGAAGCGGGAGCUGUUCCCGCAGCUGAAGAACAUGGUGCUGUUCCUGGGUCUGGAGGUGUCUGAGGACCGGCUGCUGUGCGUCGUGGGGCAGAAGGACGGCAACUUCAAGCGCUCUGGCCUCCGCAAGCUGGAGUACGACCCGUACACCCCCGAAAUGAGGGACACCAUCGACGGCCUCAUACGGACCGUAGACGUCGCGCUCAGACGAAGGAACCUGUCGGGGGUUCCUGAAGACUACAGGCCCAGAUGAUACUGUCUCUCGUUGACUCAUCCCUGUUUUAUUAGAUAUCUAGAUAUCUUACGUUAUCUGGCUUACUUUCAAAACCUGAUUUCACCAGUGCAGUGUGUUGAGAUUUACCAGCGCCUCUCAGAAUACAGGUACUGUACAGGGGUUGAACAAUGAAACUGAAACACUUCGACAUUUUAGUGUGGGAGAUUUAGUUUCAUGGCUAAAUUGGAGCAGCCUGGUGGCCAAUCUUCAUUAAUUGCACAUUGCACCAGUAAGAGCAGAGUGUGAAGGUUCAAUUAGCAGGGUAAGAGCACAGUUUUACUCAAAAUAUUGUACACAAUGCACACAACAUUAUGGGAGACAUACCAGAGUUCAAAAGUUCAGAGGACAAAUUGUUGGUGCACGUCUUGCUGGAGCAUCUGUGACCAAGACAGCAAGUCUUUGUGAUGCAUCAAGAGCCACGGUAUCCAGGGUAAUGUCAGCAUACCACCAAGAAGGACCAACCACAUCCAACAGGAUUAACUGUGGACGCUGUAAGAGGAAGCUGUCUGAAAGGGAUGUUCGGGUGCUAACCCGGAUUGUAUCCAAAAAACAUAAAACCACGGCUGAUCAAAUCACGGCAGAAUUCAAUGUGCACCUCAACUCUCCUGUUUCCACCAGAACUGUCCGUCACCACAAUCAAUUAUUGUGAUCUAAAACCAGGUGUUUCAGUUUCAUUGUCCAACCCCUGUAUUUGGUACCAUCUUUCGCUCGUUUCGCACUUCGCUUGCCUCUGUUGUUUUGCUUUUGUUCGUUUGUUCUCGCUUUUUGUUGAUAACUUGUUUACUGGUGAAAUGCCCUGACUCAGUUUGCGUCUUUAUUUUUAAAGAAAAAGAGGACCUACAGGGUCUUGAAGGAACCAGCUCUUCUGCUUUUUAGACUUCCUUUGCUUUCUCGUUUCCAGCGUUUUGUUCCUCGUCAGAUCUUUUAUACACAGAAACAGAAAAAUGGACAGUCUGUAAUGGAAACAUCAUGUACCGACUAAAGGAAGACAAUCGUGUGCGACUCUGCGGUCAACAUGGUGUUUGGAAUUGAAGCACUUUCAAUGUGUUAACCUCUGUGUGUGUGUGUGUGUAUGUGUGUGUGUGUGUGUGUGUGUGUUAACCAAUAAGAGAAAGCUGAGGACAUGCACCCGUCUGUUUCACUGUUUUCUGGGUAGAAAAAACAGAAACAGCCCCCAUGAAACCCACACAGAUUGUUCUAGAUAGAAGAAGAAGUUCUAUUAGAGCUGGAUCCAUUUUACCAGUGGAGGUUUUUUAAUAAUCUUUCCCCACCUUCCCUAAUUUCCAAAUUAUAGCUCAAAAGCUCAAAAAAUUCAUACUGGAUUUAAAUUAGUAUUAAAAUAAUGCUUUUGGUAUGUAAAAAACACACUGCAGACACUACAGAGUAAAACAGAAUAAAUAUCACUUUAGAGUUUUACUGUCCAACUGAUAAAAAUGAGCAGAGAGCUGAUAAUGAUAAUGAUUCAUACUGGAUAUGG